UAUUUAUAAAGCAAAGAUUGAUUAACAUAUAAGCGUUAAUUAAUAUACAAAACAAAAGCCUCUAGCUAGUUAGCUAGGUGAUUAUUUUAUAAAAAUGUCAUCUAUUUGCAAGGUGAUAGAUGGAGUGAAAGCAGCAUUUCUAAUGGUGAUGGUUCAGGUUGCUUAUGCUGUUUGUACCAUAUUGUACAAAUUGGUUGAAAAGAAUAAUGGAAUGAGUUUGUGUGUACUUUUGGCUUAUCGUUACAUCUUUGCAUCAAUUUUCAUGGUUCCUCUUGCUUAUUUCGCUGAAAGGAAAAGCAAACCGAAGAUCACAGCGAAAGUUCUUUUUCAAGCAUUCCUGUGUGGAUUAUUUGGGUAAUGUAAUCGAUUUAAUCAUUAACUUUGUAUGGCUUGUAAGAUAUAAGGUGAAUAUUCAGUAAGUAACAUCGUCCUAAAAUAAGUAUUAAUUAGAGAGAAAAAUAGUAAAUUAUGAGUAUUAAUAAGGUAUAUAAUUAGAAGAUCAAAUUUAAAAACACAUUAAAAAUUAAAAGGUGAGAAAAGAAUACAGUGACUGGAGUUCAUCUUUUGAAGAUGA